ACUUCAGUGAUGCGGUGCUGGAUGUGGGUCGCAUAGGUUACGAUUUCUUGCGGCACCCUUUCAGCGAGACCGAGCACUGUAUACAGAUCUGCAUAGCCUGACAAAAGAGGCAGCUUCGUUAGCGUGCUGCGUUUAGAUCAGCUCGUGUCUGGCAGCAUCGACACGUACAGCGAAGAACCCAUCCACCGUGCCCUCCGUUGCGCUAGCGUGAGAAGACGCCUGCUGCUGCUGCACUCCGCCUUCUCCAUCCUCUUCUCUCCACCGCCUGACGUCGCCUAUGAGCGGCGGCAGCUCCACUCGAGAAUCCGUGCUAUCUCUUUGCGGCCUCAAACUUCUUCGGUGAGCACUUCCUGUCGUGUACUUCACCCGGACAGAUUACGCUGCCUCCACCGCAGAUGGAGAUAAAUCUUGUGUAUCUUGGUUGCGUGGUAGAAUACAAAACGCAAUGGCUCUGGCGAAACUGAGUCCUUCGACGUGCCGUUGAAGCCAGGCCCCACUGCACAAACCACUCGGAAAAGCAUGCCGUUGGCCGCUCAGCUGCUACGGCUCGGUGUCGUGGCCGCCGCAGGCGUUGACCGAGUCCUGUGUGAUCAUGAACGAUCGCUGAACACUUCAUUCGGGGAAGGGACGCCGACGCCUCUUCUGCGAGUCUGGCAGCUAUGGGCUCCCACAUACGAGCACAGCUCCUCUGUACAAGCCCCUUCGGACGUGCGCACCUACCAAACGUGGGUCUUCUCCAUAGCGGCAGCGUGCGUCGUGGGCCUCAGCGGUGUGUUCCCGCUCCUACUCGUGCCUGUUGACACCGGGAUCAACCUGAAGCACAAUCGCAGUGGCUGCCGGACACUGAAGCUGCUACUCAGCUUUGCUGUUGGUGGCCUUUUAGGUGAUGUGUUCCUACACCUUUUGCCAGAAGCCUGGGGGCGUCUUCGAAGAGGUACUGAGAGCCCUGCACAAGCACACCUGACACUUGGCCUGUGGGUGCUACUGGGUGUGUUCACCUUCAUCAUACUUGAGCUGGUCUUCUCAGCCACAGGGCCCGAAGUGGAGCAAAGUUUUCCUCACUCUGAUGUCAACCAGAAUGGCGUUGCUAAGCCGGUCUCACCACCACAGAACUACAAAGCCAUUCAUGUCACUGGUUACUUAAAUCUGAUGGCAAAUGGCAUCGAUAACUUCACCCAUGGCUUGGCUGUGGCUGCUAGUUUCCUUGUUGGCAUUAAGAUGGGAAUGGUGACUACAUUGGCUAUUCUUAUACAUGAAAUUCCCCACGAAGUGGGAGACUUUGCCAUACUCCUAAAAUCGGGCUUCAACCGCUGGGAUGCUGCCAAAGCCCAAGUUCUUACAGCAGCUGUAGGAGUGGCUGGUGCAGUGACUGCUUUGUCUGCUGAUUCACUUGAAGACAUGGACACAUCUACAUCCUGGAUACUGCCUUUCACUUCCGGAGGCUUUUUAAAUAUAGCUUUGGUCAGUGUGCUGCCAGACCUCCUCAAAGAAGAGGACCCCUGGGAGUCAAGCAAGCAACUCGGGUGUGUAUGUUGCGGAAUUGCUGUGAUGGCAGCUAUGCAAGCAUUUUUGGAAUAGUAUCCAGAACAUAUGAAACAAGGUGCCCAAAACUAGUCACCGAGCCAGUCAUGGACCAAGUCACUUUUUGGAAGUUUUAUUCUUGUCACAUGGUACAGUAAUACAUACUUUAGCAAACUCA